GUACACAUAAUUGAUUGCUUGGUUACGGAGCGCGUAAGCAACCAACACGCUAACACUGUUACAGGUGCCCAUGGCAGGUGUAUCAAGUUUUCAUUCAAGUAUCUAGGCCGAACCAAAAUAGAUCAGUAUCAUUUUCAUUAGCGGUUUUCUCGCCAACGAUUUCACGCUUUAGUUGUUGGAGUUUGUGUCCCCUUUCCGAGCCGUCCAGCGACUACAGGGUUUAUUUUAGCAUCAUGCAUAAAUCUUACCAGUCCACGUUGCCGUGCCAAAGUAGAAUUCUCAAGCAGCGAUGGGACAAGAAAUAUUACGAUGAGCAUAUGCAAAAGGUCCGAUCUGCUCAACCAAUGGUCGACACAAAAUCCCCAACGACAUAUGUGCAUCUUCACCUCAAACUGAAAAAAUUACAACUUGAGGAAGAGCGGCUGGCAAUCAUCGAGAGAGACAACCGCAUUCUGCUUGAGAAGAUGUCUGAGAUCAUGAGAACAACAGGAAGAGUGGAUCACAGGAACAACUAUGUGCACAGAAGUUUGAACAAAGAGAAGAGGCAGCGAGAACUCUUGCGUGUCACUCGAGAGAACCAGGAGAUCUUGAAGCGUAUCUUGGCCAGGGAGCCCGAGUACAACCACGAGGAGUGGGCCAGGGAGUGGGAGGAGAACGAAGCUUUCAUGGAUAACAUCGCUCGCUUCCCGAGGAACUGGUGGGAGAUGGAGCAGGAGGAGAAGGAGCAGAUGAGGAAAGAAGCAAAAGAGAGGAGACGAAAGGAGGCUGAGAAAAACGGAACAUCUCGAUCAGGAAGAAAAUCAUCGAGAGCCGAAAGAAGACGAGCGCAGUCACGAGAGGAACAAAGCAGUCCAAAAGAGGAGUCACCUCAAACACCAGUUGAAUCCAAGCCGGAGGAGACUCAGCCACAGGAACAAACAACACAAGAACCACAAAAGGACGAAGAACCAGAAGCAAUAGAGCAAGACGACGAGCCAGCGACAGAACAGAAAGAAGAGCCGUCGACAGAACAGCAGGAAGAGGCAGCGGCAGACCAGGAGGAGGAAGAGCCAUCAACGGAACAGCAAGCACAGCCUGAAUUGGCAUAGUGAUAGACAGGGUUGUAGUGCUUUGUCAGACUGUGCUUUUGUACAAAACCCACCCCUCUGUGUCAGUGUCAGAGAUGAAUAUUAUUUUAGCUUGUGUGUUAAAUCCAACUACACGCUAGUGCAGAGCAUAUUUUUAUGUCAAUGCAGAAAAUGUCUGACAAAAAAUUGAGCUUUUCACGUUUGUGUUAGGUAUGAACCCACACCUUUAUCAAAUGCAGCAUUGGUUUUAUGUUUUUCUUGCACAGCGUGUGUGCUUUGUAGUUAUUUAAAGCAGCGUAAAAUAUUACGACUACAAAUUAAAAAAAUAAAAAAUAAUAUUUAUCCUGCAAGACUUAUUUUAAUUUUUAAAAGCAGUUUUUGACAAGUUGUUACAAAAGCAGUGUCUAAAAUCAGAGUGCAUACAAUUCUGAUCAAAAUUAAGUCAAUCAUUUUCAAAAUUAAUAUUUUUUUACUACAUAAAAAAAAGGAAAAAAAGAACAGAGUCAUAUAGAACUUAAAAUAAGUGCUUACCAUUUGCUGUGGAUUACAUUGUCUUGCACUUUAAGAUUAUGGUUGAGGUUUGAAUUAAAAACAAAUGGUACACAGUGAAUUUCUGUUUUGAAAUCCUUUCAUCAUUAGAAGGAAUUUUGAAAGGAGUGUGAACAUUCCCUCUCAUUUUUUUAAGCCCAAAAAUUUGUAUGGGGAAAAACCCAGAGUGAAUUGCGUAAACAAAUGUAAAUUCCUAAAACAAAACAUUGUUCUGUACGGUAGCCUAUUGUAUUUCCCAGACAACGUACCGUGAAAGCUGUAAAAACAAACUUUAUUUACUCGCGAUAUCUGGAUGAAAAAUAUAGUUGUAUCACUGCUAAAUCCUCCAAAAAACGUAACCAUAUUUCUUGAAAAAAGAACAUUAUGUAGAACGUGAAUUUGAAACUGUUAAAAAGCUGUUAAUCUCGCUUAGAUGACACACAAAACAAAAUUGGUGCAGAGAUCUGUCGUUCAUGCAAGAUAUAUUUUUUGCAAGAUCAAGAAGCAGCAAUUUUGCAUGGACCCAAUGGUCUCUGAAAGGAUAGAUAAUUAUUGUACAAUUGUGUUAGGGAGUGUGUCAUAGACAAGACUAAGAAUGUUAAUGAAUGUAACAGGGUACAAGCAUGAAGAACACUAAAUGGAUUUUUUAAAGAACAAAGACUGCAUGCUGCAGUUAAUCAAAGCUGUAACACACUUUGGAUUAUACUCUAAUUUUCAAAAAUUUCAAAAUAUGGAGCGCUGUUUAUCGAUAAGCAUAUCCUAUAGUAUUUGAACAUACUAAACCUCAAUAACCUUUACCAACGAGCUUCAAAUUUAUAGAAAACUGCGUCUCUCACCCUGGUCCAAUCUUCUCUAUUUCCUAAAUAAUUGACAACUUUGUGAACUUUGAGCUCAUCAAUAUUUUUUCCAGGCCUGACAAUUUAUAAAUAAAUAAACCAAUUAAAACUAUUGAUAUUAUUACAGAAAAUGAAAUGUUUCAGACUUGAAACAAGAACAUCCAGUCAGUGGCUUUUGUAUUAUUGAGUAUACUUAAAUUAAUACCUUGGUAUUGUGUGUGCAACAUUGUAUAAAAGUGUUUUUAUAUCAUCAAGAUUUAACUUAAUAAAGAAUGU